GUCGGCUUUUCUUCACUAGAUUGUGAACCUGCACUGGAGACAGCAGCCCUCUCCUGACUGAGAUACUUUGGACUGAAGGUCAUAUUGGAGAGAGAGAGGAAGAAAGGCCAUCCCCAAAAGUCACUACAUCUUCAAGGAAUCCUCCUGUGAAAGUGUGCAGAAGUAAGUCCACUGCGGCCAGGGCUUGCCCAGCUCCAGCUGCCAUGACAGACACCACUGCCUGAGCUUCUCAGUGACACCCUACGACGGGGGAGGAUGGGUGAUGGGCCCAUGAAAUUCAGCGGACUCUCUCCUCCUUAUGCCAUCGUCUCAUGGAGCAUCCAGUCACAUCGAGCCCCUCCUGGAACCCUUCUUUCUCCAGGCUCCCGACAUUUCCGGCCUCACUUCAUCCAAAUACUUCGAACGUGACCCCGAGCGCAGCGAGCGUCCGAGCUGGGGUAGAUCUGAACCAGUCCCUGGCGCUAUGUGCUAUGCUCAUCAUGGAUGUGCUAGCGGUGGUGGGGAACCUGGCUGUGAUGAUUGUCAUCACCAAAACUCCGCAACUGCGUAAAUUUGCCUUCGUGUUCCACCUCUGUCUGGUGGACCUGCUGGCAGCGCUGGUGUUGAUGCCUCUGGGGAUGGUGUCGGACCAAAUCCUGGUGGACGAGGCGCUGUGUAGGAGCUACCUCUGCCUGAGUGUGUGUCUAGUGAGCGCUGCCAUCCUCACCAUCUGUGCAAUAAACGUUGAGCGCUACUACUACAUUGUCCAUCCCAUGCGUCACGAGGUGAAGAUGACGGUGGGGGUGGUGGUGGUGGUGGUGGUAGUAAUCUGGAUUAAAGCUGUUGUCAUGUCGUUGCUGCCACUCUUGGGAUGGCUGCUCCAGGGGAGCCAGGGUCUGGGGUCUCCUGCUGUCCUCAUUCCCGGUCAGAGACACUGUUCCCUCCACUGGACGGGAGGCAGGACCAUGCGCCUGCUUUUCAUGGUCUUUUUUACAAUUAUUUAUUUUCUGUGCCCCAUGAUGAUCAUUCUCGUGGUCUACUGCAACAUGUUCAAGGUGGCACGAGUAGCAUCCAUGCAGCACGGCCACCUCCCCACCUGGGGAGAUAUGCCGCGACAACGGGCCGAGUCCAAUAGCAGCCACUCCACCAUGGCAGCUAGCCUUGGAGGAACCGGUGCCCGGACCACCCCUCAGAGAACCUUCAGUGGUGGGAAGGCUGCGGUGGUCCUGGUGGCAGUAGGAGGCCAGUUCCUCUGCUGCUGGCUGCCAUAUUUCUCCUUCCACCUCUACUCGGCCGUGUUGUCUACCUCUCCCACAUCGUUCGCCCAUCUGGAGGACUUGGUCACGUGGAUUGGCUAUUUCUGCUUCACCUCCAACCCCUUCUUUUACGGUUUCCUAAACCGUCAGAUUCGCCAGGAACUGGGCCGUCACCUGGCUUGCCUCUUCAAGCGGGCCGGGCCCAGCGAAGGGCAGCAGCUGCCCAGCCGUGAGGCCUCUAUUGAGGAAAACUUUAUGCAGUUCCUUCAGGGCACAGGAUGCAAUAUGGAGCCCUGUAACUCUCACAGCAGAGCCAGCCCAGAGGAGCCAGGGACAGAGUUCGUUCAUGAAUCAGCUGUUCAGCAGAUCAUGCCAGCUGACUUCCAUAUCCCAGGGCAGAUCCUUGAGGAGACUUCAGAGUUCAUUACACAGCAACAGCUGAACAAUGAACUACAUGUAUCAGAGAAGGAGAACUGCUGGAAAACUGUACUAGAACUGUAGCUUCCUAUCAUGUACUGUCUCCUCUGCCAUUCAAUAAUCCAAGAAACACUCUUUUUUUUAAAAGUUGUAUUCAUAUUUCUAAAAUUUGUUGAACAAUUCAUCUGUGAUGCUUAAGUUGAAAAUUCUGUGGCAUCUUCUUAGAAGCAUUUCAGUUUUAUAGCUUUUAAGAGAAGGACACAGCAGAAUAUAUUAUGUGCAUUGUCUCAUUCAUAUCCCCAAUGGCCAUGAUACUGGUGUGUUACAUGUUUCGGGAGCCAUACAGCAUCCGGCUGUUUUUGUAUUGUGUCAGCAGGUGGACACUAAGCCCUUGUGUUAACCCCAGCACAGUGAAGUGACAACGAUCUCAUAGAUGUAAAUACGUGCUGAGACUGUGACAGAGCAAAGCUUCAGGGGUAACCCAGUUUUCACAGUUUCUGUAAAGCUACAAAAGCCGUUGACAGGAAAUUGGUCAAACACAAAAAUGUUGGUUUUUCAUUAGACAAGGCAAUAAUGUAUGUGAAACAAUGUGUCAUGAUAAAUCAUCACUGUUCCAGCUUUUUCACACGUACUUCUUUGUGCAUUCUUUUAUUUUCUCUCAAUUUAAUAUGUGCUGAAUAUGCCCUCAAUGAAGCCAAUCAGUUCAAAAAUGACGCAGUGACACAACUGGCUCUGUUUGACAGGAUAGAUGUGAUAAUACUGAUUUCACUAUGACCUAAUCAUAACCAGUAUUCUACCCCCUUCUUCCUAUAGGCCCUUUAAUGAGUUAGUGUGUCCAUUUGAAAAAUUCAUUGUGUUGAACAAGAGCACCUCAGAGCUGGUGCAGCUGCUGCUGGUAUUUAUAAUAAACAGGCUGACACACCAGGGUAUUUUUAAACAUUUUCCGGGAGCGUUAUUAUCAUGUUUAUCAGUUUUUAGUCUUGUGAUUAUCACUUCCUCACCAAAAUCACCUCACAUUGCUCGACUUGUGAUUCCAGCCCCUUACGCUCGAAGGGAAAACAUUGUGGCCGGUCUAAUUCGUAUGACACUGUUGCUGUUGAGGAUAAAUCUUUGUAAAAAAAUAUCAACUAAAAGACGUUCAAUGUGCCCCUUUGCUGAGAGCGAGGCUGGAUGUGGACCAGGUUCUUUUGGACGGCCUGGGACCCAACCACCAGCGCCCUGAGAUGUCUGAGCUGUUUACAGGUAAACACAGGAGCAGUGCGAGUGCUCUUGAGUUUGUGCUAUAAACAACCAGGCUUGUUGUGGCUACACAGCACACAGGUGUGACAAUGCUUACAGAUGGCAAGCUUUGCCUUUGGCCUCAUUUAGCAACAACUGGAAGACACUGGCGACACUUCCUCUGAUCUCAGGUGGAAUACAGUUUGCACAAGUCACAUAGGCAGUGACAUAUAUUCCAAAGAAAAUUACAAGGUACAAAUCUCUUGCAAAACACAUUUUUUGUCUCUUUUUAUACUCUGCUCUUUCUUGCUGCCUUCCUCUUUUUUUGGAAUGCCUCCUACAGGCCUGUCGAUUUGAUCACAAGACUCUCCACACAAGGCGCACAGGGAAGGUUCAUGCUUUGCUGGGAGUCAGAACAAAAAAGGUCCCUUUGUUUAAGGGGGACAGAGUGUUCUAAUUUUGUUGGGGAUAUGACUGUUGCUGACUGUUUUUCAGAAGGAUCUGUCUCGUCAACCUGCUUUGAAGUGUUUCUUGUGUGUCGAACAAUGGUACAGAAACAUUAGGUCCGACUUUUUGUUUGAAAUAAAAUGAAGAAAAGGAGCACAAGACCAAAUGACUGCCAUUAAUCCUUGAUGUUCUACAGGUCGUAUCUUAUUUAUAUUAUUAGUAGAAUUGAAAUUUGAGCCUGACUAAUAUAGAUUUUUUGGAGGACUAAUGUCAAAACCAUUAUUAGGAAGUAAAUAAUUUCCGAUACCAAUUAAUCUGCUGAUAUAUAUAUAUGUGUGUGUUAAAAAAGAUGUGAUCAAAUCCUAAUGACAAAGAAAUGUGACUGACUUGAUAUUUUACAGUUUAAGAAUAUAUAAACUGUUCAAACACAUAUAUAUGUGUAUCUAUGUGUGCAUUUGUAUGUAUAUAUUCAGUAUAAAUAUGACAACAAUUAAGAAAACAGUUUAAAUAUUAUUUAUUUAUUCAUAUUAUAAAUACUUUUUUCUGAAAUGAAAACAUAAAACUCUUUCUGUAAAAUAAAGGUUUUGGCACACAAACUCUGAUAGCCAUCCAUAUGGGCCGAUGUUAUCAGCCAGCUGAUAUAUUUGUCGGGCUAGAUUUGGAACUACACAUUAUGAAACCAUUAUAAUUCUUAACAUGUGAUUCUAAUUGAAAACAAUAACAUAAAGAUGCCUUCUUGCAUUACAUCAGCAUUCAUGAACAAAGGUUUAACCUCUUUGGAUAAUCUGAGAUCUUCCUCAUUAUUGUUAUUUUCUUUUUAUUAGUAUUGGAAUUGUUUUAAUAAAUUCAGUGAUAUUUCACACAACCUGAGGUCAUUACAAAAGCCCCUUGUGUCAAAUGUUAAUCAGCACACCAUCCAAUCAGCUGGAUUCCCGUUACCGUAGCAGCAGAAAUUGCCCUGACCAAUCUGAUUACACGCUUUAACCUCUAUUCCUGCUUUCAUCUGCUGAUUACACGGACGGACACAUAAGCUGCUGUGAAGGUGACUGGCAGAUAAUAUUCCUAGCAUUGGGAAUUUGAAUGAAAAUACAGUUUUUGUUCACUGUAAAUCAUGAAAACAUGUCCUGUUAAUUUUUCCCUUUUGUACAUGAGCUGAACAGACUG